ACAACCUGUUUCAGUCGAUCGAUGAUUAUCAACACGGGAAAAGUAGCUUCAUGUCUCUCCUUCCUCCUCCCUUCCUGUCAUGUAACUAGCCAGCCAUCAUACCCGGGCGACGUGGUAUAUGGAUGCCAUUAUCAUGUAACAUCUAACCCGGGCAGCAACGUACAUCUGACACCACGGCGAAAACAAAUCUCCAUCAAUCUGUUCUGAGUAUGAAGCUGGUAUAUUACAGUACGUAGAAUAGUGCUAUGCAGCAUACACGUGGGUAUAUGAUAUGGAGGAACACCGCGCACGGAGAUAUCGACGUUGGUCGAUGUCCCGUCUCUACUAUCCAGGUGUGUUAUAACUAAUUACGAGUUGGUGCUUCAAAUGUCAAAAUUGGAUAAAAAGUUUUGUGAUUAUAUUCAAAAGUGUAUUUUCUUAUCAACACAAGUGAGCGGUGUUGUUGUAAAUUCUAGUAAAUUCUGAUGUAUCGGUGGUGAUGAUGAUUUAUCUACCACCGUCCAGCAUUCACUUUACAAAUUGUACCGGUGAGACGGCUAUCGGAGACCUUACCAAAGAAAUCGACUUAGAAAGACUGACCGCAAAGUUCGAGAGCAAGGGUACGCUACCUAAAAUACAAGCGGUCGAAAAAGACGGUCACUAUUUCACCUUAAACAACAUACAGCUACAAGUGUUUAGGAAGCUGGAGGAAAAAGGACAUUGUCAAAAUGUAAAGGUCGAGGUGAUUGCCACAAAAAGGGUACCUGUGGCAAUCCGAGACCUGAUGACUCUCCCUCCCGAACUGGCAAUGGAUCGAGAGGGUUACUCCACAGAAUCUCACAGAUUAGGAAAGCGUGGUUCUGCUAACAACAACGAUGAUGACGAUGACGAUGAAGAUGAUGACGACGAUGACAGUAGCGUCACUUCCUGUUCGGUAGACUCUAGCAGUGAAUCUGAUACGAGCGAUGACGACGACAAAGAAGAUGACAGCGACGAAAUCAGUUCGGGCGACAGUACGGAAGAGGAGGUUGAGGAGGAGAGAGAGAGUCUUCUGUAGUGUGUCAUAACGUGUAGUCUAAUAAAAAAUAUCGAUUCACCAUUCGUCAAAAUCCGAAAAAAUUGAAGAAUGUUGACGGGAAAACAUUGACGAUUAUAAAGUCGGUACCUUUUUUCCGAAACGACGUCAUUAUCGGAAAGUUUCUUAUUGAUUAAUGUUUGCGAAUUUCCAGAACUGACACGCGACAUUAACGAUUGUUGAUAUGAUUAUAUGUAGAGUAUUUUGAAAUAAAAAAAAAUA